AUGAGGACAGGCUGGAGAAGCUUUAGUUUAGGAAGCUUUCGCCUCGCCCAAACCAUGAUAUUUGCUAUAGAAGAAAUCAAUCGCAGCAAUACAUUGCUUCCAAACAUUACCCUGGGAUACAGGAUUUAUGAUGACUGCAUUUCCUCCAGAAUUGCCACAAAGGCAGUUUUGGCCCUUGUCAAUGGAGAAGACAAGACAGUAUCUGAUUUAAAGUGUCCAGCACACAACAAAGUCACUGCUAUUGUUGGCUGUGAUGGAUCCUCGCAGUCCAUAGCAGUAGCUAGAUUAAUUGGGCCUUUUAGAAUUCCAAUGGUGAGUUACUAUUCCACCUGCUCCUGCCUGAGCAACAGGCGAGAGUAUCCCUCGUUUUUCAGAACAAUACCGAGCGAUUACCAUCAGUCAGAACUUUUAGUUCAACUCGUCAAAAAGUUUAGAUGGACUUGGAUUGGGACAAUAAGAAGCAAUAAUGAUUAUGGCCGUUUUGGGAUGCAGGCCUUUGUGAAGUCGGUGGAAAAGCUUGGAGUGUGUAUCGCAUAUGCUGAAUCUUUCCACAGAACCGACCCGAGAGAGAAAGUGUCCCAAAUUGUAGAGGUGAUUAAAGGAGCCACCACAAAGGUCAUUGUAGCCUUUAUUUCUGUGACAGAAAUGAGAAUUUUGCUGAAAGAAAUUGUCCAUAAAAAUGUCACAGAUUUACAGUGGGUAGGAAGUGAGGCGUGGGUCACAGCACAGGUGUUGCCACCUGAGGAAAGUGCCACGUUUCUGGUUGGUACAAUUGGCCCUACAAUACGCAGAAGGAAAGUGACAGGACUUCAAGAUUUUCUUCUGAAAAUCCACCCUACUUUGUUCCCUGGGAACUUUGUCAUUGAGGAAUUUUGGGAAACAGCAUUCGAUUGCAUUCUGAAAAUCAAAAAUUUUACAGAUCAGGAAAAAUAUCCCAAGCAGUGUUCAGGAGAAGAAAACUUGCUGGAGGCCACUGAUAAAUAUCUGGAUCGAGCCUUACGAGGGAAUUCGUACAAUGUAUACAAAGCAACCUAUGCUCUUGCCCAUGCGUUUCACAAAAUGUUCUCUUGUGAGAACACCAAAAGGUCAAGCACAAAUGACACGUGUGCAAAUAUUACUCAUUUUGAACCAUGGCAGGUUCUUCAGAAUUUGCAAUCAGUUCACUUCACAACUAAGGCUGGAGACCACGUCUAUUUUGAUGAAAAUGGUGAUGCUGUGGCUAUAUAUGAUUUGGUAAAUUGGCAAACCAAUGUCAAUGGUACUGUUGAGAUUAAAAUAAUUGGAUACUAUAAUGGAACCUCAACAAAUGAUGAAAAGCUUGUGUUCAAUGAAGAAUCUAUCACCUGGACCACUGAACAAAAAACAGUGCCGCGUGCGAUUUGCAGUGAAAGUUGUCUCCCAGGCACAAUAAAAGUCUCCAAAAGAGGCCAACCCAUUUGCUGUUUUGACUGUGUACAAUGUGCUGAUGGUGAAAUAAGUAACACCACAGAUGCCAUAAUGUGCCUGACAUGUCCGCCCCGCUACUGGUCCAACCAGGGCAAAGACCAGUGCGAGAAGAAGAAAGUUGAAUUUCUUUCUUACGGAGAGAUCCUGGGUACUGUGUUGGCAACUCUCGCCAUCACUGGAGUUUGCCUGACUCUCGCUAUCGCUGCUCUUUUCUUUAAGCACAGAAGCUCCCCUAUCAUCAAGGCCAAUAAUUCAGAAUUAAGUCUGCUUCUCCUGCUCUCACUGACUCUUUGCUUUCUGUGUUCUCUGACAUUCUUGGGUGAACCCUCUGCCUGGUCGUGUAUGUUACGCCGCACGGCUUUUGGUGUGGCUUUCGUUCUGUGCAUCUCUUGUGUUUUGGGGAAAACUAUUGUGGUUUUGGUGGCAUUUAAAGCUUCGCGCCCCAACAAUAAGAUGCUCAAGUGGUUCAGUGCGAAACAGCAACGCUUGACUAUUUUUGCCCUGACCUUUGUUCAGUGUUUCACGUGUACCCUUUGGCUAACCAUCUCGCCUCCAUUUCCCGUUGAAAACAACAUGUACUACAGAGAAAUUAUUAUUGUUGAAUGCGACAUGGGAUCCUUAACUGCCUUCUAUUGUGUGUCGGGAUAUAUUGCUCUGCUCUCCUGUUUAUGCUUUGUACUUGCAUUUAUCGCUCGGAAACUGCCAGACAAUUUCAACGAGGCAAAGUUUAUAACUUUCAGCAUGCUUAUAUUUUGUGUGGUCUGGAUAGCAUUCAUUCCAGCUUAUGUCAGUUCUCCUGGGAAAUACACAGUGGCUGUAGAAGUAUUCGCUAUUCUAGCCUCAAGUUUCGCUUUGCUUGUGUGUAUUUUUGGUCCUAAAUGUUACAUUAUUUUGAUAAAACCAGAGCAGAACACAAAGAAGCAUUUGAUGGGAAAAGAAACAUCAAACAAGCGGGCUAUAUAA